AUGCCAUUGAUACCAGAAUUGGCUCUUAUUACUGCUGAAUGGUGGGAGCAAACUGUAGUUCACAGAGACAUUAAGGCAGGAAAUGUUUUAUUGGAUUCUGAGUUUAACCCAAAGCUGAGUGAUUUUGGUCUGGCCAAGCUUUACGAGCACGGGUCCAAACCAAGGACUACUAGGGUGGUGGGCACGUUGGGUUAUUUGGCACCUGAGCUCACGCGCACAAGUAAGGCCACGACCAGUUCGGAUGUUUUUGCCUUUGGUGCUCUGUUGCUCAAAGUUGCAUGUGGUAGAAGACCCAUUAAUUCCGAUGCAUCGUCUGAGGAGUUCAUGCUGGUGGACUGGGUGUGGCAGAAGUGGAGAGUAGGAGCAAUUCUUGGUGUUAUGGACCCAAAGUUGGGGGGGAAAUUUGACGAGUCUGAGGCCGUUUUGGUGCUUAAACUGGGCUUAAUGUGUUCCAAUGAUGCACUGGAGGCACGCCCCACGAUGCGACAGUUGGUGAGGUACCUGUUGGGCGAGUUGACGUUGCAGGAGGAGGUGGCGGAGCCAUAUAGGAAAAAAGUACGUGGUGCUAUUGCUAUAGAUUUGUUUGAGAAUUUCUUGCAAUCCUUUCCAACUACUUCGUCGUAUUCUCAGAAGAACAGCACGUGGACUUUCGUCAGUAACAGUGGGAGUGGUGAUGCUGAAACUGGUUUGACCCCGCCAUUUUCAGUUCUCAACAGAGAGAGACCACGAGCCAUUUUUAGUUCUCAGCAAAAUGGUUUGACCUCGCCAUUCUCAGUUUCAUGUGUUUUACCUUCGUAUGAGCAACGACGGCGGUGA